CAACAGACGCUCAAACACUCCCCCCUCCACCAGCGCGCCAUCAGCCCGUUUUUCUCGCAAACGUAACCUAGCACCACCCCAGGCGGCAUCAUGGCGCCCUGAGCAUGCCGUCUUUAGUGGAACCUGCGAUGUGAAGCGCCGUAAUAUGGGGGGGGGGGGGGGCCUUGGGGCCGAUAGGGAGGUCGUAGGGUGGGCACAUUCAGAUGGUUUUGGUUUGCCGUCGUGCCUGAAAAUAUGGGGUUUGUUUUUAUUUUUUGGCUUUGGUUUUUUCCGGUUCCGGUGGACUGUUCGUGUUCCUCACUUAACGGUGUGAGACCUGCUCCUCAUUAUAAGCGUGAGUGUGUGUGUGUGUGUGUGUGUGUGUGUGUGUAUGAGUGUGCGUGCGUGCCUGGUGGUGUCAUGGUAUCUGCGCAGACUGUUGGCAUCUGCGCCCGACCAACUGGCCCAGCCGUCGCCAAGGCUACUAGCAUCGACGAAAUGCCCACUGGCUCGUCUGCUAGGUAUUGCUGCCCGCUACUGCUGCCCGCUGCCGCUGCUGCAUGGCACCCCUCCCCCGUCCGCCGCCGCCGCCCCUUGAUCGCCCGACAGGGAUGACGGGUGCAACCUAGGGGUGUGUGGAGGAGGUAAACCUUUUUUCUUU